AUGGAUAUGGUCCAAAGUGGAUUCCAGCUGUUGUGGAGGAUUGCACAGGUCCGUCGUCUUAUUCAGUGGUCCUGGGAAACGGGCAUACCUGGAAAAGACGUCGAUCAGCUGAGAGGUCGCAGUUCUGGUGGAGUUCGAGAGCUGAUGGAGAGUCCUCUGAGGGUACCUGCAGCAGUACAGGAGACUGUGGAAUUGUCUGUGCCAACCUCAACUGAGAACUGUGAGGACUGUACCGAGCAACGGGUUGAACCAGAGAUUGUUCUUGCAAAGCCCGAUCCUCCAAGCACACCUACUUCAACCAGGUUGAACGCUCCCUUUCUCCUUCUGCCCUCCGCCUAUGAGCCGGUCAACUUCACACUGAGAGCAGAGAAAGGCUGCUACAAAUGGGUGUCCUCUAGGCCUGAGGGGGUUAGGGUGUACCCCCUCUCCUCGUCCCGUCCUCCCGUCUUGCUGCCUCUGUCUUCCUGCAGUCAGUAUGCCCUGGUGUCAGCCCUUUCCGCCCCACAUUCACCCCAGAGCCGCGGAGCUGCCGUAGUGCAGGCACAGGACACUGUGACUGGAUACACUCUGCGCUGUGAUGUCAUCACUGAUCGGAUCCAGAGCAUUCAGAUAGUGACGAUAACCAGACACCUUUUUAUUGACGACCCGCCGUUACUGUUAACUGUGCAAGCAAUGGACUCAGCAGGAAACACUUUCAGCAGUCUGGCGGGGCUGGAGUUUGGCUGGCAGCUGUUAUCAGAGGCAGAUAUGGGAGAGAUAGUGAGGUUUGUACGUUUCUCGGACACCAGCUACAGCCCUGACCCUCACAUCUUGUCUCUGGAGGAGCUGGGGCAGAGAGGGGACAGUGUGCUGCUACAGGGCGUCCGCAGUGGCUCUGCACGCGUACGAGUCUCCCUCCGUCACCCUGAGCAUAAGCAGGUAGUGGAAGCCAGUGUGAGCUUAUAUGUGAUGGACAGACUUUAUCUGAGCCCAGCUGAUGAUAUAUACCUUCUUUUGGGUUCAACUAUCACAUACAACGUGCAGAGAACUCAGCAAGAGGGAGACAAAGGUACGCUCAGACAUGAAGUAUUGACAAAGUUACUGUCAUCAGAUUUGUUUUACUUAUUUGUAUACUCAUAUACAGUUCCUUUUAAAAGUUUGGCACCUGAAAAGUCUUGUGGUUAUAUGCUGGUUGUCGAGGGAUACACAGGUGAAGACGGUGAUGAUGUUGUCAGUGUUAACCAGGACACGGCCAGACUGACUGCGCUGCAACUGGGCCAUGCUACUGUAACGCUCAAACAUCAGAAGUGUGUUGUUUUGUACGUUCCUGAACUGAGCCGUGACCCAGGUGUGCAGCAUGAGUCAGCGUCCCACCUCCCUCGCUCCAAUGUGCACGUGGUGGCGCCCACCUACCUGACUCUGAGUAUAAAAGAGGAAGAAGACAGGUGGGUGUUGGAGACUGGGCGUCAGUAUCAUUUGGCGGUUCACGUUCAUGACAGCGCAGGCCAUGUGGUUCAUCUGUCACAGAAUGUGAUGAUGGUGGUGGAGCUGUGUGACAAAUUUGCAGUAUUGGACUCUUCCCCUAAUCUCUCCAGCCACCUGGUGCAGACUCGCGCAGCAGGACGCACCUCAAUUGUUGCCACGCUGUCUGGCCUGCUUACCGAAGAUGGUGAAGAACAACCCCUCAUUCCACCAAUCAAAGUGCAGCAGGAUGUGGAGAUCUAUGAGCCCCUCACUUUGCUGCCUUCUUUGCUUGUGUUUCCCUGGCAACCCAGAAAUGAGCAGUAUCAGUACAAGCUACAGGUGCAAGGGGGUAGCGGCUCUCUAAACUGGGUUGUGUCUGACAGUGAAAUUGCGACAGUGACAGUAAAUGGCACGGUGUUAGCAGGAGAAAAGAGAGGCCAGGCUCAUAUUGAGGCAUCGGAUGCCAGAAAUCCUCUUCACAAAGCAUUUGGACAGGUGCUGGUCGUGAGGCCUGCCUGGCUGCAGCUGAUGCCCCAGCAGGGUGACUGUAAAAUUGGGGAGAAGAUAGACCUUCCUCUGGCUGUCUGGGGGACUCAGGACAUGUCCGAUACACACCUUCAGGCACACACAGACCUUGAUAUGCAUCAUGACCCCAACACAUACUCUCAGUCUGACACUGCCAAGUCCUCACAAGCCUGGAAUGGAAGCUUUCUGUCAGUUCUUGACUGCUCUCACCUCUCUCUGCAUGUCCACACUGAACCUGCCGGAGUCUUCACACUCAUAUCAGGGUCUGUAUCUCCUGGUAGUGGCUUCUGUGGAGGAGUGUGUUUAGAGGCUGUGGCACAGGGCCACACACAUGUGACUGUUACUGUUAAAACAGACAGGGGCAACAUCAGUGCCACAGCAACACUGGCUGCCUAUAGUCCUCUCAGGGCUCUGGUGUCAGAGGUUCUUCUUACUGUGGGCUCCUCUCGUCUGCUGGUGUUUGAGGGGGGGCCACAGCCAUGGCCGCUGGCCCCAGCCCGCUUCUUCAGCAGCACCCAAGCACAGCCAGAAGGUGGCCUCACCGUGGAGGAACUGAGUCUGACGGAAGUGAGGCUUGCCAGACAUGCAUACCGUGUCAUGUGCAUCUCACUAGGAGAACAGUGGUUAGUGUUCAGGUGUGGUAAUGCUCCUGGUCCACUGAAUGAGGAACCCUCAGUAGAGGAGAGCAGAGUGAAGGUGGAGUGUGGAGUCCCAGCCAGUCUCUCUCUCUCUCCUCCUCCCUCUUCUUCUCCUCCGUCCAUCCCUCUAUCCACACACCAUUACUACUGCCCACAGCCGCAGUACCCCUCCAGUCUGUUCUCAAUAUCCAGCACUAGAGAGACAGUGUUGCAGUUAUCCGUGUUUGACCAGAAGCGGGCACAGUUUGAUAACUUUACUUCCUGCCCAGUGACCUGGAAGAGCUCUGACCCAACUCUUCUCUCCCUUCUGCUACAGUCCACCAUGACCCAGCAAGACCUGCCCACACAAACAGGCUACAAGCUGCAUGGUCGCCAGGUGUUACAACCCAGUGGCAAAACAGGAACAGUAACUGUCACUGUAACCCUCAGUUCCUCUGAGAUAUGGGGGACAGUAGUCUCUGUCUCUGUGAAUUUGCGCUUGGUGGAAGAUGUUCAGUGGGACCCGCGCUCUGUCACACUCUACAAUCACCCCAAAGUCACUGAGAGCUUGACCCUGGUGCAGGGCUCAGGACACUUCCUGGUUCAUUUACAGGACAAAGACAUGGCCAGCAUCACCUAUGUUGAAGAGACCAACGUGGUACAAAUAUCCCCUCUUCGUCCUGGUUUUUCAUCACUCCUAGUUCAUGACCUCUGCCUGACUUCUCCUGCUGUGGCCUAUGUCACCGUCUCUGACAUCUCAGACUUUCAGAUUGACUUCAUGGACAUAGUUGAGGUGGGCCGUACUGCUGUGGUGCGAGUGCGUGUUCUGGACUCUGAGAGGCAGCCUUUCCUCCAUUACUUUCUCAAGCUCAUGCAUCUAAAACUCAUUCCCUCUUCUUCCAUUGUCACUGUUGAGGAGGUGGGGCCGGUGGACAGGCACUCUGUCGGGUUCCAUGUGUCAGGCCAGGUGGUGGGCGUGGUCAGUCUGCAUCUGUCAGCAGUGGACAGCACUGGAAAUGUCAGAAGCUCCUCCCACAAGCAUUUGCAAGUUUACCCUCGGUUCAGCCUGCAGCCACGCAGACUCGCUCUUGCAUUGGGUAGUGUGCGGCAGGUGAAAUGGGAGGGUGGACCCCAUCCUCAGUCCAGCGUGGGGUUCUCGGUCAGUGACAGCCGCAUCGCCAGUGUAACAGAGACAGGACUGGUGAGAGGUUUGGCCUUGGGCGUGGUCAGGCUUAAAGGCGCUCUUCAGACUGUUACACAGGAUACAGGGGCACUUCUUACCUUUGCACAGGAUGAAGUGGAGGUCGAGGUGUUCAGCCUCACUGCUGUGAGAAUCCAGGCUCCGCUGGUGCAAAUGUCUGUGGGAACAGAGAUGCCAGUGUAUGUGAUGGGAAGUGACAGUGCUCAGAAUCCUCUGGCUCUGGGCAGCAUGGAGGAUGGACUCAGCUUCAUCUGGAGUCUGGGCAAGCUGGGGGUACUGGAGAUCCAGCCGCGACACACACAGGCAGGUGUCAGUGCGUCUCUCUCACACAGUUUCUCAGUGCUGGCGAAGGCUUGGUCAGCAGGCAGGACCAGUCUCAAAGUGUGUGUGCAGCCCACAUACACAGACUCCGCCAACACCUCACUCUCAGACCAACUCACUGAUGAGAUACAGAUACUGGUGUUUGAGGUGAUGCAGUUAAAUGCUGGAACGUCCACAUCCAUUCUCAUGUCUCCGCACUCCCAGUAUAUCUUGCAGAGCAACAAGGACUCUAUCUGCCCAGUGCGCUAUUCUCUCUGCCAGUGCGUGUCAGGGGCGGGGCUUGUUACCAUUGAUGACAAAGGUGUGCUGAGGGCGGGGCCUGAUACCGGAGUUGCCCUUUUGGAGGUCAUUGCAAUGGAAGAAUGUGGCAUCAACCAAACGCUUUUAAUCACUGUGAAGGUGUCGGCAGUGUGGUUUGUGCGGGCGGUCUCUGAGUCAUCUCUGCACAGCGACGGAGAUGGAGCCUUGCCUGCCUUCCCUUUGGGCUGGAGGAUCCGCAUCACUGCUCUGUGCUACGACAACCUGGGCCAGCGCUUCCAUGCUCAUAACACACAUACGCACAUCACCACCAACAGAGAUGACCUGGUGCAAGUGACUGCAGACACAGACAGCCACUCAUUCUUGGUACAGACAGUGUCUCCUGGUUUAACUGUUCUAGGGAUUGAGGGAGACCACUCUAACCCGGCUCUGUGCGACUACACGCCCCUGCCAGUGCUUCCUGCCAUCUCAGCGCCUCCAGCAGUGCUGCGGCCUGGAGACACAGUCUGCUUCAGCUCACCUCUCACCGACCGCAGCGGUCAGCAUGGCACAUGGGAUGUGUCAUCCAAUCAGAUUCUUCAGGUGGACCCAGAAACAGGGGCGGCACUUGCAAAGAAUUCUGGGACAGUGGUGGUUUAUUACCGGCUGGAGGAGGGGCAGCGAGCUCUUCGCGAGGUGACAGUGGAGGCUGCAUCUGCCCCUGCACUCCACCCUCCUGAGAACAGGCUCCUAACUAACUGGCCUCUGGCGCCCGACUACAUUGUCAGUGUUGAGCUCUACACCUCUGCUGCUAACACAGCCCAGUGCUCGCUGAGACAGCAGGAAGCUAUAGAGAAGACACUGCAGCCUGAAGCUGAGCUUCGGUGUCUUCUACACUUCAGCACCCCCUACGUACAGCUUAAGACACUGCAGGCUGUGUUCCAAACUGCACCUCUGUAUUAUGUGGACACUGCUCAGUACGGUUGCAGGAUCUCAGUGCGGCCUCAGUCAGACUCAGUCCUCCACCUCCUCUCCUCGUUCUCUCUCUCCAUCUCUCUCUAUGCCUCUCUUCAAGCCCAAUCCCCCUUGGCUGCUUUUCCUUUAUCACCCCCUGCUUCUGUCCAGCUCCCAUAUGUGCCGGCCUUUCACUGCCCCAACACCCACAUAAACCUCACACCUCAGCAGCCUGCGGCUGAGAUCACCGUGACGGGCACCAGCGAGAUGCUAAAUAAUUUGAAAUUUCACUCAGACAACCCAGACGUCAUGCUGUCAGAGCCCAGCCUUUCAGCUGAGAAUUCAGCGCUCUGCCUAGUUUCAGUCUACUUGGCUGUCAUCCAGUCCACUGAAAAGGCCUCUCAUCCUACCAAUAUUACCAUCUACACAUCCCUGUCGCCCCAGACACACAUUGUCAGAGUGACCGUUCUAAACGACAGCCAGAUGGAGACAGGUCUGCUUGAGGUGUGGCAUGCUAGUCCUCUUCGCCAAUUGUUUGAUUUCCAGCUCAUUCUGCUGUUUGUCCUGUUUGCUGUGUUGGCUGUAAUUUCCAUCAUGUUCAUUGUGUACAACAGCUUGGUGCAUCGUUUGCAGACUGUACCUGUUGUCUAUAUGCCCCCAGUCUCUACUGUUCCAGCAGUAAAACAGCAGUUUUCCCCCUGGAUCAGUCAGUCACCACAGCUGGACAGAAUCCUGCGCAGGAGACCGUGGCUCUGUAGCAUUUCCCGAACUUCCCCUCCUGGCACACAUCCCUCUUUAUGA